CAAAAAUACCGAUAAAAUUAUGAAUGAAAAUUUAUUUGUUCGAACUAAAAAAACAUUCAUUAAGAAUAAUGUUGAUGAUGACAGGGAUGAUAAUCAAUUUGAAUUGCAAUGUUCAAACAAUAGAAUCACCGAUCUUGAAAUCACCGAUAUCAUCAAUAAUGAUGAUGCUGAAAUGUUAGAUGACAUUCAAUCCAACAACAACAACAACAGAUCAAUCAAUCAAUCAAUUGAUCGAAUGAAAUUUGAAACUAAACCAAUUGAUCAUGAUACUGCUGUGAAUUUGAAACGGAUACUAAUCGGUAAUGCAACAAUGCCAAUUGGUCCUGAAUGGCUUCAUCAAUAUUUUGAAUUUGAUUCAAUAAAUCCACAACUUUGGUAUGGUUUGAUUCAACAUAAGGGUGGACCUUGUGGUGUUCUUGCAUCGAUUCAAGCGUUUCUUUUUGCUGAAUUUUUCCAUUGGAAUCAUGUUGAAAAUAUUGAAAAUCUAGAUAAUUAUAGAAAAGAAUGUUUGAGCAAAGCGAUUGGCAAUAUUCUUUGGCAAAUCAAACGUAAAGAUCAAUCAGUCAUCGUUGCAAUCGAAAAUCAACAACCAGUUCUUGAUGAAACAAAAGAAUUACGUUUUGAUAAUAUUACCGAACGUUUACGUAUUGGACAAUUUGAAACGAAGAAAAAAUUAUUCGAUUUUCUAUUUCAACUAUUUCAACAUUCGAAUUUUCAAAUUGGAUGCGUUUCAUUUGUUUAUUCUUGUAUAUUGACUCGAGGUAUUGAUGAAAUUCAAAAUGAUUAUGAUCAAGAUUCAAUACAAGCAUUAUUAACACCCGAAACAUUACUUUGUAGUCAAGAAUUAGUAAAUCUUUGUCUAAUCGGUCGAGCAAUAUCGAAUGUUUUCGAUAAUGAUCUUAAUUGUAGUAAUGAAUUAAUACUUCAAGGUGUAAAAAAACAAUCUACAAUUGGAUUUUUAACAUUUUAUGAAUAUGAUGGUGGUGCUAAGGUUGGUUCAUGUUAUAAAUCACCAAAACUACCAAUUUUUGUCAUACUUAGUGAAGGUCAUUUUACUGUUUUGUUUGCCAAAGAUAAAAUCAAUAAUAAUAAUCAACAAAAAAUUGAAAUCUAUUAUUAUGAUGGCCUGAUGAAUCAAGAAAAUGAAAUACAUUUAACAAUUGACACACAACCAAUCGCUGACGAAAACAACGAUGAUCAUCACAAUCGAUCUCCAUUAGAAUGUGUCAUACAAACUAAAUGGCCUGGUUGUCGAAUAAAUUGGAAUGAUUCGAAUCGUUUGUUUUAGAAAUCAGAGAAAACAAAUGAAAAAAAAUGGUAGUCAUUUUAUUCAAAAUAUUAAAAUUGUACAAGUA